AUGCUGUCCUGCUUCGGCUUCGGCCGGCCGUCGCGCGAGGAACGCGAACGCGAGCCUCUGUUGCCUCGCUACAACGAUGAAACGGCCUUGCAGCAACGCCUCCACGAGAAGCUUCACACGUACCAGAUGCUUCGCGCCAUUGGCAAGGGGUACAUGCCUUCCAACGAGCAGCUCAUCAUCAACCUGCGUACCCUCCUGUCCGCCGACAUCCUCAACCCCGACACCCCGGAUCUCAGCGACGCCGGACGCGCCCUCGUGUUGAACGUUAAGCUCCUCAUCAAACAGCUCAUCGAGCUGCUGCUCCACAAGAACGACAAGGACCAGAUCCAGGACUUCAUCUGGUACCUGACCAAGGCCCGCCUGUCCGUCGACGCCUACGACAUUGGCGCACGAGCAUCCAAGGCCAAGGCGAGGGCCGAUACAGUGGCAGCAUACAAGAGCUUACAGACCGUCGGCUCGCUGAUUCUCACUAACAAGGACUUCCGUCUCUUCCUCUCGGAUCUGAGUACCGUCGGCCGCGAGGUCUUCCGCGACACUGCUUUCACCCUGUCCGACGUCUCCAGACAGGCGGCCGAGGACGUUGAACCCUCCAAAGAGGACGAGGAAGCAAUCAAGCAUCCGAAUGGGGACUCAAAGCCUCCGCCAUCCAAGGCCGAAAUCCAGGGCGAAGCUAUCGACGUCUCCAAGGUUGUCACUGACGGCGUCGCCCGCGUCGCCGACGAGGCUGGCCACAGCCUGGCUGAUCACCUCACCGGCGAGGAGCAGGAGACACUUGUGAGCAGGUUGAAGAAGACAGUCCUCAACCUGCGCGGGAGAAAGGAUUACUCCGACUCGGUUUCGACCCUCUCCCUGCUCAUCCGCCGCUACCUUCUAGUCUACUCCCACGCCAUCUCGGACACCAUUCAGGUGGCGCAGGAGGACAUUGACACCAACCCGGAGGCUGACCGCGCGCUUCACAACUUCUGGCUGUUCUUGACCUCGCUCGGGGACCGCGAGCACUGGGACGAGGUCGAGCGCAUAUUCAAGGUCGUCAUGGAACACGGUCGCAGUGACCCCGAGUUUGACAAGCUUGUCAGACAAAUCGGUAACCUGCUCCAAGACAUCCUAACGGAUCCCGACUUCUUCGAACACGCCGAAGACCGGUUCAGGGAGCUGAGGGCGAAGUCGCGGGAGUUGACCUCGGAGUCGUCGAUACGCGACGAUCUCGAUGCCCUGCUAGACCGCGUGCAUCUGGCCCUGCACUCUGUGCUUGAGGACACCGACAUCAAGAAAGUCCUGCACACGACCAAGAGGAUCCUGAAGAUCCUGUCGCCGGCCAGCGAGUACCUCAACGGCGAGCUCUUGGCCGACUCAACCAACAUUUUCAUACCCUUGUUGAUCCAGGCCGUCCAGUACAUACCCAUUCCCCGUCUCGAGGUCUCGGUGCCAACCAUUGACCUCCUAUUGGAAAACUUGAUCCUGGAACCCGGUCGCACCGUGAACAACAGCUCAUUCCUGCCCUUCAAGCUCAACAUCUCGACCCAGAAUGACGUCGAGAUCCGCAAAGCGCGGUUCCGAACGACGACUUCGGUCAAGACGCUCAUGAGGAUCACGUUGUCGGGCUUGUCGAUUGCCGCCGAAGACCUCGGAUAUUGGCUGCGCCUCCACUCGGGCAUAUUGAGACUCGCCGACGCUGGGAUUGCGGGCUUCCAUCUCGACGAGCGCGGCAUUGACGUUGCCAUCGAUGUGGAGGUCGGAAAAGAGCGCCUGGAAAACAUGCUUACGCUUCACGACGUCCGCGUCCGCAUCCACCAUCUGGAUUACAGCCUUCGGAAGAGCAGCCUUUCCUGGCUCGCUUGGCUGCUCAAGCCACUCAUCCGACCGACGGUCAAGGCCGCAUUGGAGGCGCAGAUUGCGACUGGCAUUAGCGAGGGGCUUCAUUUCGCCAACAGAGAGAUGCUCUAUGCGCGCGAGCGGCUGCGCGCCACUCGUAUUGCCGACCCGCAGGACUUGUGGACUUUCGUCAAGGCCGUGGCGGCGAGAUUGGUGCCACCCGAGGACCCAGACCUGUACACCCGCGUGGGUGUCACGCAGCCUGGACGGGGCGUGUUCAAGGGUGUGUAUGCACCCGGCAGUCUCGUCAAGAUGUGGAACGAAGAGGCGACCCUUGCAGGCGACCGAGUACAUGAAUAUCAGAGAGACGGCUGGCGCAACUCCAUCUUCGACGUUGGCACCACCGGUGUCACCAUCUGA